GGAAGUAGUACUGUCACAUUUUGAGUAUUUCUUCGAGGUACAGUGUUUAGAGAAGCAGUAUUUCUGAUAUAACACUUAUUAGGGCUUCAUAGUCUAAUAUUUUAGUGCAUUUUCACACUAACUCCGUCGAAACGAUGGCCCACUACGAAGAAGUGACUGUGCGCGGAUAUGAUGAAUUCUGUCACGCCAUAUCUGAGAGAAAAGGAAAGGAUAUUUUUGCGUAUUUCUCUGGUAAUAAAGACGCCCAAGGAAAGAGCUGGUGUCCAGACUGUGUGAAAGCGGAGCCAGUUGUAAGAGGACAACUGACUCAUCUUCCUGAUGGCUCUGUCUUCAUCUACUGUCAAGUUGGAGAAAGGCCUUAUUGGAAGGAUUCAAAUAAUGACUUCAAGAAGACACUGAAGUUGAGUGGAGUCCCCACUCUGCUGCGAUAUGGCACACCUCAGAAGUUGGUGGAGGAAGAAUGCUUCAAGUCAGAACUGGUGAGGAUGAUGUUCACUGAGGACUGAGGGACCUGCGCUGAUCAGUCAUCAUUUCUUCACUGUUUAACAGCACAUUUUUACCACCAUUCAAUUCCAGCAUUAUCCUUCUGUAAUGUGACGCUAUCAGCAACUGUGUAAGUUUACAAGCAAAAUAACAAGCAUCCUCCAUAAGACACAGCUAUUCAAUUAAUUAUAUAAAGGAACAUCUGCAAAUAAAAACAUGUGGAAUGGAUGUAACUCAUAUUAAUUAUUCUCGUGCUGCUUUAUGUGCAAUCACUUCAUUGUAAUUUAAACUUGAUACAUUUCUUCAAAUGCUGUUAAUCUAACACACUAUUUGAUCAUUAAAUAUAUUUUCUUUAUUGUGACCAUUUGUAUGUGAAUUAUUUUGUUGCCUUGAAGUAUAACUCAAAUAAAGUAAGACUUGAUGUUGAA